AUGGCCUCUUUGGAUACGCAGGUGCUUCGAUUGCACACGAGCAGCACUAGCUCUGCCACCUCUCCAGCGAUCUCCGCCGGGAAGCUGGUCAAGCUCAGCGACGUGAGCGUCCACAGCGUGGUGACCCUUGCUGCUGGCGAGCUGACACCGCGGGUGGCAGUGACAAACGGCGAGUUCGUGCUCUUCGGCCUCCGCACGUCCCCAGGCCAAAUUCUGCAGUUCCGGAUUCCACUCUUCGAACAGGUGGGUGCCAUCACCUUGGAUGUCGGUGACGACUUCGUGGAGUGUGGCACGAGUGACGCGGACUACGCCUACUUCGGACUCGAGUGGGUAACGGGUAACUAUCUGUGUCGUGUGCUUUAUCCUGCAGUGGUCUUGAAGUUCGAGUACGGAGAUACGCGGAAGCUCAGCGCUGCCUACAGCCCGGCAGAUUUCGAGCUCGUCUCGCGGGUGCAGCGCAGUGCUGUGAGCGCGCGCUCGCUGGCUGCCUUGGCUGCGGACGAGGGCCAUCUCUAUGCAGCAGGGCAGGUGCAGCACGGAGAAGCAAUCGCUGAGUUCGUAGAUAGCCCUCCUGCCAUCUCCUGCCGUGUUCGGGAGGAACUCGAUGCCUCAGUGGGCCUGGUCUUAAAGCCUUGUGGUUGCACUCGGCGGACGUGUGGAGUGGCACUUUUCGUCACCACGGAGCUUCGAAAGGAGGAUCUCAGCCUCAUCGCUUCCUUUGCCGCCGUCCUGCCGUACUCCACGAUACCAACCAUUGCGGCAGUGACGGUCGCUGGCGGCUACCUGUUUCUGGCAGGAUCUUCUGCCUAUGUGGUGAAGGUCAGCACGGAGAAGAUGGCCCUCGACAGCGCCGAGCUGCUCUUCGAGGGCUUGGAGGGCGACGCGCCCCUCUUCCGGGAUGGCGGAGUGUACUUCAUCCAGGUCGCCUGCCAGGACGAGGCUUGCGCUUCCACUGCCGGAGGUUUCACCACUGGGGUGGGCGACGUGCUACCGUGCCCUGGCUUCAGCUGCCGAUUUGUGCAACAAUCCCGGCUGCUUCUUGGCGGAGAGAUAGAAAUCGGAAAUCGCAUUCGCUUAACAACGGCAGAUGUCGUGUCGCACUGGUGGCAGGACGGUAUACACCACGAUGUGACCUUGGGCAGCUGUGUCGGAAGCGAUACAAGCAAGAAGGCUACUCAGGGCCCAAUUCGGGUGGGUGGAGGGCAGCGAUGGGUCCUCAGUGACCAGACGAUCCGGAACCUGGACACGGAGCUGUGCUGGCAGGCCUACGACUACUCAGGUGACGGCGUGAUUGGCAGUGGCGAUCGAGUCAGGGUUUCACUUUGCGACGGUUUCGACGAGCGCCAGCAGUUCAGGAUCACUGGCCAGCAGCCACCGGAGGACCAGUUCAUGCUCCGGCUACAGGGUGCGUGUGUGGAUGCGUCUGACUGGGAUGUGACUCUGGUGCUAGCAGCAUGCGAUCCAAGCAAAGCUUCCCAGACCUGGGCCGUGACUGAAGGUUUGGGUGUGAGAUCGGACGGGGAGCCGAAUGCUCCGAGAGCUGUGCAGACUCUGGCAGGCACAGGCGUUGCCUGUACAAGUUCCGGUUGUGGAGACGGGGGUUCUGCAACUGCCGCGCAGCUGGACAGCCCGCAAGGUGUGGCCGUGGACAUGGAGGGCAACGUUUUCAUUGCUGACACCGGGGAGCGUAGAGUGCGGGUUGUCACACCGCCGGGCACUGUCAGUGCCUUCGCUGGCACAGGUGCCGUACCCACGUCAUCGAGGGCAUGGUCCAGCUUGCCGCUCCCAGCUGAAACAGUACCGUUGGAGCCGGUGGCUCUGGCGGUUGAUCAAAGCGGUCGGGUCUUCAUCGCAGAAGCACGAUUUACGGGUGCUGGCGUUGCCAUCACAUCCGUUGUUUGGGUAGUGCCCACACAGAAUUCCACAGACGUGUACCCCUACUCUGCAGCCGGCAUGCUGUCCCUCGUCGCAGGGCAGGACUCGGUCCCUGGAUACGCUGGGGAUGGCGGUGCUGCGAGCACGGCCAUGCUCAAUGGGCCGGUAGCACUGGCAGUGGACAGUCUCGGUGACCUCUACGUUGCCGACAUGCUGAAUAGCCGAGUACGCAAAGUAGCCAUGAACUCCAGAGUGGUCGUGCUCAGCAACACUACGCCAAUCGUAUACACCACAACACCGCAGAUAAGCACUUAUGCCGGAAAUGGUGUUUACGGUUUUGGCGGCGAUGGUGGUCCAGCAGCAAGUGCACAGUUUCGGCAUGUGGUUGGACUUGCCUUUGAUCCUCGCACAGAUGACUUGUACAUUGCCGAUCAGGGAAACUCAAGGAUUCGGCGGGUGACCAAUGCGACAGGCAUCAUCGAUACCUUUGCUGGUUUGGGGCUGUCUGGUGACACCGGCGAUGGUGGCCUCGCAACAGUGGCGAGACUGAAUCUGGAUCGCGCACAUGUUGCCGUAGAUACUAUGGGCUAUGUGUUCGUGUCCGACAGGGGCAACAACCGAAUCCGGCGAAUAGACCCUUCGACAGGAAUCAUUGAUGGCUACGUGGGCAAUGGGGUGAUCUCACCAUUACGGGUUGGAGGCUAUGCAGCACUGCCAACCACCACGCCUUUCCGUGAUGGUGUAUCUCUGCGAUCACCAGGGCAGAUGGUGUUUCCGCCGCUCCCUGUGGCUCCCAUAGACGUGGCUGAAAUUCAAUCCAAGCUGCAGUGGAGGGACCUCUACAUAGCCGACGAGGGCAGCCAUCAGGUUCGACGGCUGAUCUCCCUGCGAAACCUGGCAGGAGUUUGUGUCUACGGAGCACCUUGCCAGUUGAAGAAUCUGACAGGCCUGGGAGCCUCGAACUAUGCCUUGUCAGCUGGAGACCGACUCGCUGUGAUGCGCAUGAAGGGCGCACCUUGCGGGCGAGGUUCUUCGUCCGGAGGAUGGCCGAUGGCAGCGCGUGGGAUGCCACAAAACGGUGUGUCACAGCCUGCUACGGAUGCAGCUGACUUCAGCUUCGGGCCCGAACCAGUGUUGGCUUUGCCGGGCCACUACCAGCUUUGCUGGUGUCCUUCAUCGCGGGGAUGUUCCGACGAAGUCAACUUUGCGAUUCCCGCCGGGAUACUCAUAGUGAAGGGCCCCUUCCUUGGGAACUCGCGGACGUGCCAUGUUGGCCAGGCCUGUGGCGAGGCUGGAGAGGUCGCAUCUUUUCGCGGAGUCGGGCUUUCCAACGGCGACCGCUUGAUGGCAAUGGUGUCCUGCUCGGAGCUUGCAGGAGCAACCGGUGCCGUGGGGUUUCCAGAGGUGCCCGGACGGGCUAGAGGAGUUUCCUUACAGGCCGAGCAGCACGGAUCAAUGUUCAGCUGGGGCACACAGGGGGCCUUCAAUGGUGCCAUACUGGCAGGUGGAGAGUACCGCCUCUGUUGGUGUCCCAAAGGGUAUGAGUGCAACACUCCCAGCGCUUUUGGCCUAGAUAUUGGCCAACUUAGCGUUGUUGGGCCUUAUGUCUCCUGUGACAUCAGCACACCCGGUCAGUGUGCAGACCAAAACCGCGAUGUAGUCGGAGGCACCGUCUACAACAUCACCGAUCUUGCUGGAUUGGGACUUCAAGACGGAGACACAUUGAUGGUUCUCGAGACGUGUGGCGUUCCUGGUGCGAUGGUGGAUGGAUUCCCCAACGCAGGUGUCUCCAACCCCGCCACUGAGGAGGGCUCGGCCUUCAUCUGGGGGACUGGCGAGGAAUUCGUCACUGCGAAAGGAGGCGAAUACCGGCUUUGUUGGUGCCAGGCCGGGCGGUCCUGCGCUGUUGCGGAGAACUUCAAUGCAGACAUUGGGAGCGUGGUGGUGCGAGCUCCUGUGGGCUUCCAGGCUUUCGCCUGUGCAACCUAUGAGCGCUGCAGCUUGAGCGAGCUCCAGGGCGUGAAUCUUCAGGAUGGAGACUUGGUCCAGAUCAUGAGCACCUGCGCCCAAGCUUCAGGGUUUACUGCCUGCGCCGACCCGGACUAUUGCGUGGUACCCGGAUCGCAGCGCUCGAGCAAGGCUACACAGUCGGACUACUUGGGCGAGAGGCUCCAGUACAACAACUUGACCAUCAGUUUCGGUCCUGAGGAGGUGCGUGCUCCGAAUGGCGCAUAUCGGCUGUGCUGGUGUGGGGGAGGCUCUGGUUCUGACUGCAGCUCCCCUCUCGGCUUUGCCAUCGAUGCAGGGGCCAUCACAAUUGCCGGCCCCCGGUCUGGGCAAGAUCGGACCUGUGUCAGCUCCCAAAGCUGUACCAUCUAUAACAUCACCGGCAGCUUCUUGGAAGAUGGCGACAGGCUCAUGCUGCUGGAGAGCUGUCGCACGGGAACAGGCCUCACCGACACGGAAACGACUCUCAUGGACUUCGCAACGCGUGGCAUCCUUGGAUUCCCGGACUUCGGGCGCUCCCUGCCCGCGACAGACAACGGUGCCACAUUCACCUGGGGCUCCGAUCCCAUCUCGACAGGUGGCAAAUACAAAAUGUGCUGGUGCUCCCGCCAGGCCCAUGAAACUCUCCCAUGUGACAGGGCCGAGCGUUUCAAAAUUGAAGUUGGGAUGCUGACGGUUGUGGGCUUCGCAGAGAACAAGCGCAGCUGCUUCGUUGGCCAGCCGUGUGAGGUGGAACAUCUAGUCGGGUUCCCAUUGCAUGAUGGUGAUCAGGUGUUGCUGCAGCCAGCAACAGGCACUUGUGGCAGCAGCGGUGAGUUUCCAGGUGCUUCUUUGUCUGGGUUUGCAUUCAACACCACAGAGCACGUUCACGACGAAGGCGGUGGUGGGAUCGUCCAGGACUUAUCGUGGUCGCUCUUGCAGCUCCUUCCUGGGAGCUAUCAGCUCUGUUGGUGCUCAGCCUUGGCAAGCUGCGCAAACAGCUUGGACUUUCAAGAGCGAGCAGGCUCCUUGGAGGUCCUUGUGCAGACCAUUGGGCACCUGCAGCUGGAGUUGACAGAGUUUCCAGACUCAGAGGCAGUCAUCGCGGAGGUCAGCUUCCAGGACUGUGCUGGAGAUUCUUUGAAUGUGUCGGUUCCCGGUCGCUGGAACGGCUCCACCGUGGGCUUCGAGGCAGCCGUGGACGCCUCGCUCAGCACGGCCUGGGUGGUCAGUGCCACGGGAACGCAAGUGCUCGCGUAUUCUGUGCCAGAUCAGUGGACGGAGGUGAACGGUGUGAAGUCUUUGCGAAGUGACCAAUACGAGCUUUGCCGCUACAGCAUUGCCACCUGGUACGCUCUCUCCUCGGCAAAUGCCCUCGCGGUGGGCAGCUCUUCUAGGGGGCGGCUGGGAGGAUGGACGUUGAGAGUGCGGGAGGCCGAAGCUUCGUGGGAGAAUGAGAUCGGGGCAUCAGCCUUGAUACCGAUUCCGUGGGAGAUCGUCGACAGCCAAACGGGCCACACCUUGGGCUGGGAGGACUUGCAGGUGCGGUCUUGGGUCAGCAAGUAUGUGGGUCCCCUUCGAGGCCAUUAUGCGGAGUGCAGAGCAAGCUUGGCGUGCGAUGUGCCCGGCAUCCUUGGUGUCGGUCUGGCGGCGGGUGACCGGCUGAUGGCUUUGUCCGAAGUUCGCGGCUCCGGGGUUUCCUUGUACGAGCGGGCUUCGUCGAUCUGGAAUCUGACAGCUUCAAGCUGUGGGUCUGGCACGCCACCGGCUGGCUUGGGAUCUGGUGCCACCUUGCCUACCUCCGAAACGGCAGCAGUCAACUUGACGGUUCCAGCGGGCCGCAUCGCCAACUUUACGUGGGGAGACGGCACAGACCAGUACAUCACCGCCUCCGGCGGCCUCUUCCGACUGUGUUGGUGCGGGGCGGAUGCCGCUGGAUUAGGAUGCCAGGCAUCGGAGCACUUCGGCCUGGAGGCAGGGCACCUGAGAAUCCGUGGCCCAGGCCUUGUGCCUCACGAGACCUCUUGGAUCUGUGUUGUGGAAGCUGCCAUCAGUGCAUUCCAUCCCGGCUUCGGCAGCAGUGUGGAGAUUCUGCCGAGCGGCGGUGCUGACUUCGGCAAGUACAGUGAAGCAGGUUGGCUGGGCUUCGGCUAUGGCCGUCCGCCCCCAACGCCAAACUUCACCUCCGAGUGCAACAUUUCGGACGUCUUUGGCGAAGAUCUGACAGAUGGUGACAGGUUGCUGGUCCUGGACCGCUUCUCCUGUGCCGAUGGUCUGCCUGUACCGGGAUGGCCCGGGAACAGCCUGUCCAUGCCAAGCACGAGCAACGGCAGCCAUUUCUUCUUCGGCGCGGACCUGCCGAGCACGGUGGACGUCUUCAACCUGGAGUUGCAGACGUGGGGUGACACUUGGGAGGUUCCCAGACCAUAUGCCGUUGGAGGCCACGUUUACGGGCUGUGCUGGUGCCCACAACAGAAUCCGAACUGCGUGGCAGCGACUGCGGCCAGCAUCGCUGGCACUACACAGGUCACUGGGCAAGGUUCCGGAACGGCACUCAACACCCCUGCAGCCACACUGGAGGGAGGUGAGCUGACAUGCGCGAGAAACAACCCAAACUGCCACCAAUCAAGGAACGACUUCAACUUACCUCUGGGACGCCUCGUCGUUUUGAACCACACAUCCGAGGUGCGCCUUUGCUGGCAGCGUUGCCACGACAAGUAUCCGGAAGCCUGCAGACAGAAGCGAUCUCGCCUGGUGAUCCCUGGCGUCGUCGACUUCUCAUCGCAGUAUGACAACAGCACCUUUGCUGCCGCAAACCUGGGCUUGCGGAGCGGGGGACAGUGGCGCUCGUCCUUCAACGCGAUCCAGGACCAGUGGCUGGUUCUGGACUUGGGCGAGGCCUCGCAACCGCGUCGCCUUAUGCUGCCGCUCUGGGGUACAGCGGAGAAUCCGAAGGAGGCACGGCUGCAAUCUGCCCACGACGCCCUGGGCCCUUGGGAGGACCUUGUCGAGUUUGGCAUUCCAUCCUUGGAGUCAACGCUCGUGACUGUGGAGAUCCCUGACGGUCCCGUGGCGCGCUUCCUACGACUUGGUCUUGCAGGGAACUUUGGCGCACCCUGGGGGCUCGCCUUGCGAGGUCCUUUGCGGCUGGCUGUGGACCCGGACGCCGAAAGCAACUCCACAGGCGAGGAUGGCGAGCUUGAUGAGCUGUGUGCACGCAGCCAUUGUUACACGGGCUGCGGCCUGCUUGCUCGACGGACGAUUGCAGAGAACGGGAUGGCUGUAGAGGAGCUGCCACCAGCCACCGGAGAUGCGGCCUUGCUGAACUUCGAAUGGCCGCUAUGGGUUCAACAAUUGGUCCAAGUCAACGCGUCUGGCUGCGAGGCUUGGGCUCCAAGCUGCUCAGCCCACAGCAAUCUCCAAUCUGCCUGCCUGGAUGGCUGCGAGUUCUGGAGGGGCCCCACAGCCAGAGGGGAGCUCGGCUUCUUCUGCAACAUGGGAGUUGAUCUUUCCGGAGCCUUGGUCGGCGUCGAUGGUGCCUCGCGCGUGACGCUGCAGAACAGUUCGAAUGUCUCCUGUGUGCUGAACGUCAGUGGCCAGCAGAUGCGAAGCAGCGACUACAUCCAAGUGGUGCCGGGACGACAGCCUUGCAGGACGGCCCAGGCGAGCCACGGUGCAUCCUUCCUGCAGCCGCGAGCGGCUGCAACGACUGUGGCAGCAGAUGGGAGCUGGGCCACCUUCGAUCUCGGCUACCCGACCGCCUCGGGACCUUUCCAAGUCUGCUACUGCCUGGGUGCCGAUGACUGCAGCCAGGAUUGGGCAUUUUCCAAAUGGGCUGGCACUGUCGCUGUCAUUGGAAAAGUGCGACGGAUGGACCCCAGCGGCUGGGAUCUCGCAGGGCAGGUGUCUGUGUUUCUGGAAAUCACGGACCUGGGCGCUCCGAUCAUCAACGUGACCUUCAUCUCCCAGGGACUGGAGCGGCCCUGUCUGUCUCCCAGUCCCGUCUUCGGCCAGGAGACGACUGCUGUCCAGUGCCUGAUGCCUGCGGCCUUCUCACCGGGUCUGGAGACGGUCACGGCGUUUACAGCGAAUGGUCUCUGGGCGACAUCCGUGGACAUAUUCAAUCGCUUCGUGCGGGGUGGCUUCAUCAACAUUUCUGACACGUUCGGGCCAACCGUGGGAGGUGACAUCGUGACGAUCUACGUCUCAGACCUGGGCGCACCCAUCGUGCGCGUAACCUUCGGGUUCAUCGACUCGCCCUCUGUUCUUGCAGACGGCCGUAUGCCCGGGAUCCGGGCCAUCGUCGAAGUUCCUGCCACUGCGGUGUCGGGCCUCGUUACGGUGACAGUGACGGCUUCCAACGGCAAUGUGGCCACAGGAAGCAACGUCUACAGCUACUAUAGGGCGGGCGACAUCAGCAACCUGAACCCGCCGCAGGGGGAGAUGGCUGGCGGCACACGUGUCACCAUCGAGACUACGGACCUCGAUGCGACGAUUGUGGCGGUUUUCUUUGGCGGCACCGAGGGGCUCAUCGUUGGUGGUUCUGCAACGAGCAACUUCGUGGUUGCCCUGACGCCGGAAAGCGAGGUUCGGGGUGCUGUGGAUGUGGUGGUGCUGGCCGAGAAUCAAAACGAGGCCAUCAGCAUCGGCGGAUUCACCUACCUCGCCGUCUGCCCAGACCCCGGUAUCCCGCUAAAUGGAGCCCGGAGUGGCGAGGACCUGUCCGAAGGUGCCAUGUUGAUCUUUUCUUGCCAGUUCGGGUAUGAACUGGUGGGCUCAGCCCAGUCCGUCUGCCAGAUGGACUACGAUUCUUUCGGCAAUGUGAUCAGUGAGACCAGCGCCUUUGCCCCUGCUGCGCCGACGUGCCAGAUCGUCUCGUGCCCGGACCCAGGCAUUCCAGACUUUGGCUUUCGUACGGGUGGAGAGUCUGGGACCUUUGUGUUUGGCGACGUGGUCACCUUCUCCUGCAGCCCGGGAUACCUCCGCGUGGGGCCCACCGAGCUCCUUUGCCGCGGGGAUGGGCAGUUCUCGGGUUCGGCGCCCUCCUGCGAGUCGAACCUGGGCUCGCUGAACUUGGUUCGCUACCGCGCUCUCUUUCUGGCGAGCUUCGGUGAGGGGCAAGGCGCGUCACAGCUGGCCUAUCAGGAGGCCGAUACCAACAGGGAUGGCCUGGUGUCAGAGGAGGAGUUUCUCGUUCAAGCUGCCGCGAUUGGAGUCACACGAUCUGCAGACGCGGAGGUUCUCUACCAACAGAUCCAGCUCCGUCCGGGCACAACCUUAACCCAACAGUACAUCACCUUGGAGCAGUACAGGGUCUUGGAGCCGGAAGUGAGCAUCACCGAGCUCCGCACACUCAUGGCCUCCGUUUUUCUUACACCAGCACAGAUGCUUGCGGGUGCAAGUCUGGAUGGCAACCCCUCUGUGUCCAAGGAGGAAUUCGUCGGCCAAGUCGUCUCUGUGGCAGAGUUGACGACCGUGAAUGCUGAAGCUAUUUGGGAUUCAGUGGCCCGCCUUGGCCAGAGCCAGCUGGAUAGUAAUCACUACCUCCUUCUGAUGGGGCAGGAUGACCUGCAGACUCUUCGCGCCUUGAUGCAGGUGCGUUUCAUACUGGUAGAUGAUGCCUGGAACGCAUCGAAUCCAAAUGGAGACGACCGAGUCACGGAGGAGGAGUUCGUAGGCUUUCUGUUGCAGGACUAUGGUCUUGAUGCCGUGAUGGGUGAGCUCAGCUGGAGGCACAUUGACGUCUUCUUUCAAGGCUACGUCCUCCUCGAGCGCUAUGUAGCCCUGGGGUUCGGAAGUGUGGAGGGUGUCUCGUUGGUCGGCUUCCGCGGAUUCCUGCAGUCACUCUUUGCCACAAAGGAGGCGGUGGUCAGCAACAUGGACUCGGACGGAAGUGGGAUAGUCACGAACGAGGAAUUCAAACGCUUCGUGACGCGGACCUUGGGCCUCACAGCGGAGAACGCAGACGAUGUUUUGGCUUCACUCUGUCAGGCUCCGACUCUGUUGCGUCUGACGGAGCGCCAGCUGGAUGCCAUAAGCUAUGACCUGACACUCCCCAGCCUGCGCAUCCUUCUGCGUGCGGACCACCCGACAGUGGAGGACGUGUUGGCUUUUCUGGACACAAGUCAAGACGGCCAGAUCAGCCAACAGGAAUGGGCAGCAGGCUUGUUGAGGAAGCGGGUGACCUCGGCAAACGCACGGGACCUCUUCGCGGUUUUGGACCCCGGGCAGCUGGGCUACCUCACCGUGGACACUUUGCGUCUCAUUCGUGGCCCCUUGGCUCUUUGCGACUACCGCGAGUUGGUGAAGCCCGAGCUCGGCGAUCUCAACCAGACCCUCUGGGAUGCUGACACGGACGGGAACCUGCGGGUCACACCGGAGGAGUUCGUCCGACAGGCGAUGCCCUUCUGCCUGACAGAGGUCGAAGCUUUGGCCCUGCACGCGGAGAUGGACUACCUGAGCCAAGGCUUCGUGGACCUCUUUCCGAUGUCGCUGGCCAGGAUGCCUUUUGUCCUCCAGCGCGGCUCACUGGCGAGCUACCGCAGCUGUCUGCAAAGUUACUUCGGCGAUGUGGCCGCAGCAGUCCAGGACCUGGCCGUGGCUGCUGCGGGGUUUCCGGCCUCGGCUCGUGCUCUGGCGCGCCAGGGCGCCAAGACGGCGUGGCUGCUGCGAGCGACUUCGGAGCAACUUUUCGACCGUGCCGAUCCGCUGGCCUCCGGGCUCAUGUCACGCGCCCGAUACCAGGGGCUCUUCGCGGGCACCAUGACACUGGUCGGCCUCCGCCUGCUGCUGGCGGAGGUGGCGCCUCAUGGAAGCACCGAGCUCAUCGAGCGAGCUGAUGUGGACAGGGGCGGCGGCAUCAACCUCGCAGAGUUCAUCGAGAUGGGCUUGCUGCUUCGCAUCGAAACCUCGAACUCCGAGGCUCUCUUCGGAUUGUUGAACUACUCCAGUGGCACAGAGCUUGGACCUGGGCAACUCCGACCCGUUUCGCAAACCGCCGUGACUUUGGUGGACCUACGGCUGCUGGCCCUUGGCGAAUUCCCAGGUGCAGAUGGCCAGGAAGAGGCCUUGGCAGCUGCGGACCAGGACCGAUCACAGAACGUUGAGCUGGCGGAGUUCCUGACAUUUGCAGGUACUGUGCUUGCAGUGAGCAAUGCCACAAAUGCUCGGGAAAUCUUUGACUCUUUGGAUGUUUCGACCACAAUGCGGCUGCGACCAAUGCAGCUGUGGGCCGUCACAGCAGAAGUUGUGGAUUUGCCACUGUUGCGACACCUGGUCACUGUGGAGUUUUCCGGAACGACCUCGCUUUUCGGAAUGGUGGACACUUCCGCGGAUGGUGGCGUCAACCAAGCAGAGAUGGAGCAGUUCGCCUGGAGAUACUUGGCACUUGGGCCGGCAAGCGUGCCGCACGUCUUCUCGGACCUGGACAUGUGCCAGUUUGGCGUGGUGGUGUCCAGUCAGCUGGCAGUUCUGACCCAGAAUGCAAGUGUGGUGGUGCUUCGAGCGCUUCUGGCUUCCCGGUUCCGUCAGCAAGAACAUGCGAUCUUUGCCUCAGCCGACUUGAACAACAAUGACUUCAUUUCGGUGCAGGAGUUUGCGACCUUCUUGCUGGACUUGUUCAUCGGAGCGACAGAGGCAUCGACCCUGUUCGAGACCCUGGACACGGAUUCGUCGGGGGCGUUGUCGCGUGCAGAGAUGCAUGUGGUGUCUGGCAACGACUUGAAGCUCUUCGAUUUCCGCAGGCUUAUCUCCUGGACCUUCGACAAUCCAGAGAACACCUUUCAAGUCGCUGACUUCGAUGGCAACGGCCUCGUCUCUGAGCUGGAGCUCCAACGCCUCGGCUGCCGCAGCCUGGCUCUGCGCGGCAACGUCACAGCAGCGACGGUCUUCCGAGCAGUGGAUGAAGCGUUGGUUGGUGAGGUGUCGGUUGAAGAUUUUGGCUUGGCGGUUGGCUCCGUGGAGGUCAUGGGGCUUCGGACCCUUGUCCAAUCCGUCUUCACUGCCGGCGUGGAGGCCUUCCUGUCCUUCGAUGCCAACGGCGACCGCUUGCUACAGCGCUCGGAAUUCGAGGUCAUGGCCACAGCAUUGGCUAUCAGCGGCGAAAACGUAGACGGCUUGUUCGAUUCCUUGGCCAGCCGCAAUGCAGAUGUGGUUCAUUUGGACAUCUUCCUCUUGGCAGCGAACGGCCUCGCUGAGUUCCGCAGCCUUUUGAGGGACAGUUUCAGAGAUGUUCGGGAAGCACUGCUGGACUUUGACACCUCGCCGCCCUGGAACGAAGUGUCUUACGAGGAGUUCUAUGUCUGGUGCGAAGCCCGACUCCAACUGCCCACCUCCCUCAUCCCCGAGAUCUUCACAGACCUGGACACCAGGAAAGAAGGCUUUCUUCGACCCUCGCACUUUGAGAUGCUGCUGGCGGCCGAGGUUGGUGCUCGAAGCUUUGGUCAACUCUUGGGCUCCGCAUUGGGCGACCUAGCUGCCGCCUUUGACGAAGCUGAUGGCGAGGGUGACGGAAAUGGCCUGGUGACGCUGGAGGAGUUGACCCGCCUGGCAUCACCUCUGGGAGUGAGAUCUGCAAAUGUGGCCAAGCUCUUUACGGAAUUGGACGUCGAUCGCAUCGGGUCCCUGACGAAGGCGCAAUUCGAGGUGAUGUCACUGCCCAACCGUAUCUUCCGCCUGAGCAACGGCGAGUCUGAGCCGGACCGCAUCCACGUCUACGAGAUGCGGCUUUUCCGCGACGACGACUGCCUGUCGGAGCUGCCCUGCGACCUGCCGGUCGCCAGCGGCCAUUUCCUCCUCCUCCAGGAGGGCGCAGUGGUGAACCCCAACGAGACUGCCAUGGUCUACAACGACGUCAGCGCAGGCCGUGCCUUCGACAGGAACUUCUCCUCGAGGUGGAUCUCGCAAUGUGGCCCCUGCAGGGCCGAGGAAGCUUGGAUCGGUUGCAAGUUCGACCACCAGAUUGAGGCCUUCCAAGUUCCCAUGACAGACGCCACACCGGCGGCAGCCCCGACUGCACCAGCGGCGACAGGUGGCGGCCUGGAAAGCGCAGACAUUUGGGGUGAGGACGACAUCGUUACCGCUGACCUGAAAAGGUCCAGCGUUGAUGAAAUCAAUCAGCGGAUUCGACUCCUAGACAAUGACAUCCGUGUCAUGAAGAGUGAGCAGCAGCGUCUCACGCACGAAAUCAAAACCAUCGAAGAGAAGACGAAGGACAACAAGGAGAAGAUCAAGCUGAACCGCCAGUUGCCUCAUCUGGUUGCAAACGUGGCCGAGAUCCUGGAGUUGGAGAAAGAAGAAGACGACGAGGAUGGUGCCAUGCAAGACAUCGACACCCAGCGGGACGGCAAAAGCAUGGUCAUCAAGACGACCACCAGGCAGACGAUCUUCCUGCCAGUGAUCGGUUUGGUGGAGGCGUCAGAACUGAAACCGAAUGACCUGGUGGGUGUGAACAAGGACUCCUACCUGGUCUUGGACAAGCUGCCGCCAGAGUACGACUCCCGCGUCAAAGCGAUGGAGGUUGAUGAGCGCCCCACAGACCAGUACAGCGACAUUGGCGGUCUGGAGAAGCAGAUUCAAGAGUUGCAGGAGGCAAUCGUCUUGCCCAUGACCCACAAGGAGCGCUUCGAGAACAUCGGCAUCCAGCCCCCGAAGGGAGUGUUGAUGCAUGGGCCGCCGGGUACUGGCAAGACCAUGAUGGCCCGAGCUUGCGCAGCUGCCACGAACGCCACUUUCCUCAAGCUGGCAGGACCCCAGCUGGUGCAAAUGUUCAUCGGCGAUGGUGCUAAGAUCGUUCGUGAUGCUUUCGUCCUUGCAAAAGAGAAAGCACCUGCUAUUAUCUUCAUCGACGAGUUGGACGCCAUCGGCCAAAAGCGCUCCGGCGGAGGGGAGCUUUCCGGGGUCCGCGAGGUUCAGCGAACCAUGCUCGAGCUGCUGAACCAGCUGGACGGCUUCACCAACCAGACCACCGUGAAGAUCAUCGCAGCCACGAACCGUCCAGAUACGCUGGAUCCCGCUCUGCUCCGCUCUGGACGCCUGGACCGAAAGAUCGAGCUCCCGCACCCCAACGAGGACUCCCGUGCGCGCAUCAUGCAGAUCCAUUCCCGGAAGAUGAACUACAAGAAAGACGAUGUGAACUUCGUGGAGCUUGCCCGCUCCACUGACGACUUCAAUGGAGCCCAGCUCAAGGCAGUGUGCGUCGAGGCAGGCAUGGAGGCACUCCGCCGUGGCGCCACAGAGCUGUGUCACGAGGACUACGUAGCUGGGAUCGGCGCUGUCCAAGCGAAGAAGAAGAGCAACUUCAACUACUAUGCCUGA